CCGCGGGAUUAAAUAAAUAUUCCACGCACGCGUGGUUGAAACUUCCUGUAAAUCCUAACUUCCUGUGACAUGCACGAUUUGAAAACCGAAGAAAAUGCCAACAUUUAAAGUUAAUGUGAAGUGGGGAAGGGAGAAGUUUGGAGAUGUGGAGUGUAACACUGAUGAGCCUCCGGUGGUCUUCAAGGCCCAGCUGUUUGCCUUGUCCGGGGUCCAGCCUGACCGCCAGAAGGUCAUGAUGAAAGGAGCUGUUCUCAAGGAUGAUGAAUGGGGAAAUAUGAAGCUGAAAGAUGGCGCCAUGCUGCUGAUGAUGGGGACUGCGGAGGAGCUGCCCCAAGAGCCUACCGAGAGGCCCAUGUUCGUGGAGGACAUGAGUGAACAGGAACUAGCAUCAGCGAUGGCACUCCCAGCUGGUCUGACCAAUCUGGGCAACACAUGUUACAUGAACAGUGUAGUGCAGUGUCUCCGAGCCGUGCCAGAACUCACAGAUUCACUCAAAAGGUACACUGGUGGUCUCACAGUGGCCGGAGCCAUUGCCCCUGCGGAUUCCAUCACAGCAGCUCUGCGAGACCUGUACAAGACAAUGGAGAUGUCGUCAUCCGCCAUCCCGCCCAUCAUCUUCCUCCAGGUGCUGCACAUGGUGUUCCCCCGAUUCGCGGAGAAGAGCGAGCACGGUGGCUACCAGCAGCAGGAUGCCAAUGAAUGUUGGACAGAGAUUGUUCGAAGUUUGCAACAGAAAUUGCCAAGCAUCAAGUCAGGUGGAGAGGGUUCUGCAGGAGCUAGCGCCGGCAAAGGUUUUAUUGACCAGUACUUGGGUGGAGAGUAUGAAGUUGUUAUGAAGUGUACAGAAGCUCCCGAGGAGGAGGAGAAAAAGUCUACAGAAUCCUUCCUGCAGCUCAGCUGUUUUAUAGAAAAAGAGGUUAAAUACAUGGCCACUGGUUUACGAGGUAGAUUAGAAGAAACAAUUACAAAGAAUUCCCCUACAUUAGGAAGAGAUGCUUUGUAUACAAAAUCUAGUAAGAUAAAACGUCUGCCAGCAUAUUUAGCAGUCCAAUUUGUCCGGUUUUACUUUAAAGAAAAGGAAGCAAUCAAUGCCAAAAUUCUGAAGGAUGUGAAGUUUUCAAUGAAUCUGGAUGUGUAUGAUCUAUGUACUGAAGAAUUACAGAAGAAACUGAUGCCACUUAGAGAGAAAUUUAAGGAAGAGGAGGACAAGCAGACUGAAGCCCUAACCAAGGCCAAGUUGUCCGACAAGAGCGAGAAGGAGGAAGAGAGUAAACCCACGGAGAAGAAGACACUUCCCUACUGGUUUGAGGAUGACCCUGGGUCCAACAACAGUGGGUACUAUGAACUGAAGGCAGUGCUCACACACAAAGGCCGGUCAAGUUCCAGCGGCCAUUAUGUAUCCUGGGUGCACAAGAAGGGAGAUGAAUGGAUUAUGUUUGAUGAUGACAGAGUAUCUGCAGUUGCAGCGGAGGAUAUUCUCAAGCUGUCAGGAGGAGGUGACUGGCACUGUGCGUACGUCUUGCUGUUUGCUCCCCGGGUUCUGGAGGUAGAAGCUAAUUCUAUGGACAGCUGAGACAUCUUGUCCGUCAACAGUGUGUUUCAAAUGGCUGCAACCACCCCAGCGGUGCCCGACUCCAGCCACACUCCACCAAGCUAUGGUUUUGCUUUCAUACAUGCAACAGCUAGGACCAAAUACCACCUCACUGGUUGUGUGCUGUGUUUUGUUCCAUAGAUUGUACAUACAUUAUCCAUGUUCUGCUUCAAGUGCUAUGUAUCUAAGGCCCUGGACCCUGGAUGGCUUAACACACAUAAAUAUAUCUGAGAGAAUUGUCUUCAUAAUUUACUUAUGAGAUCUACCUCACAGCUUUCCUUGUUAAUUCUGUGUCACUGUUAUUCUCCUUCAGUAAUUUUUCGGCAUUUUAUUUGCUGAAUAUUAAGGCUUCAAAAAUGAAAUGGCAUGGACAAUGACUUUUGAAAAUUAAUACAGGCAGGUUUGUAAACAAUAAAUUCAAGAAAGAUCAAUUGUAGGUUCAUAUAAAUUCGAACCCCGAUCUUUGGAUCUAACAGUAGUAAUGAAUGCAUGUGGGGUCUGAGAACCAAGAAUAUUUUCUGAACUUUUUAAUAUUUUUGUUGGCUUAAUAGUUAAUACCAAUAGUCAGUGUUCGCAGUUGUCCCCAUUCUUCCCCCUACACUGCUAGUGAUUGAUUAGGGACGACAGGGACCAAACUCAACUCUAAGACUUCCACACAUUCAGACAUCACUCUCACUGUGGCCUGGGUUCACUCAUUGUCAAUACUUCACAGGUUGGCAUUCUCAAUGCUGCUCCGUUAAAUGGCCAUCUAGCUUCGUAGUUGCUAUUUUUAACCAUCAAAAAAGCAAUUGCCUGUUCCAAGCAAGAGGGAAGGUAGCGAGUGAUCAGACAAAUGAGCACUCACUCAGUUUACAUUCCACAAACGGUAAUAUUUUUUGCAUGACAAUGUGUGGCUUGGGCUGCUCUGUGCAAUGCAUUAGUAUCAGGCAGUGGUAGAUUUACAUCAUUUACGGAGAAGGGCUCAUUUGACCUCUAUGAGUUAUAAAUGACCUCAUUUCAUUAGCAUACUAGAAAUAGACACGUGUCAGUACUUCACUGUAUAGAGGCUGUAGAUAUUCAAGGCUGAUGGAGGAACACAGGGUAUUCAACACCGUGAAGUAUUGACGAUGGGAUUGACUGGACCUCUGACGUCAAUGUCAAGCCUCUUCGGGCGCUGUUUGUUUACCCCAUGAAAUUGAUUACGGAAUGUGAGAUGCAUAAUGUCAUCCAUUGUUUAUGUAGGUAUGUGUUGAUGGAACAAGCUGACAUGAUUACAAAUUAAUGUAUUUUUUAAUUAAGCUUAUUCAAAUCUCUUUACAGCUGCGUAAUUGAUGUUAAAUGACUUGAACAUUGACGCUGUUGUAAUAUUUCUUCAUUGGAAGUCAAUAAACUUUCAUUUGUAUGAUAA